AUGUGUUAUAGCCUUAUAGGUUUUAAUAGACAUCUUUCUUUUGCUAGGGAUGAGGAGAUGUUGGUGAAUGAAAUAGCUCUUGACAUCGAGAACAAACUUCUAAGAGCGUCAAGAACAAAGGUCAUUAUUGAAUGGUCUCUAGUCAUCACUAACCUCAUGUUGGAAAUACCUUCAUGUGUCUUUGACCAGAUCUCUUCUACUAAUAAACCUUUGUAUGCGUUGGCUGCAAUGUCAAUGUCAUUUUUAUCUUGUCUACUUUGCCUCGUAGAUCUCUUUCAUAAAGGCCGAGUUGAGAGAGUUGUGUGGAGGUGGAGUUUGCCCGUUCCUUGGUUUCACUAUCCAACUGAAAGAUCAAACAGAUUUGGUAGCUUCCCAGAUAUUGUUGGGUUGAUCUGCGCCUUGUGUCAAACCAUUCUCACAGCCGUUAACUAUUCAUUCAUCACGCGUAAUGAUGAUUCCCCAAUAGGUUCUCGGUUUGGCCAAUCAUGUUUGCUCUUGGUUUACUUUGCACUUUGUUUAUCAAAAGAGCUAGCUAGUUAA